UAAGGACAUCAAAACAUUGACAAUUCAGCCCUUCUGCCCCGAUUAUUAGUAGUUAGUAUUAUUAAUAGUUUUGUUUUUUGUCAUCUGUCUACUUGAAAUAUGUAAUUUCUUGUCACCCCUGUUCAAGUUUGAGGGGAAAAUCAGCUGAGGUGUGACCCUGCUUAUAAACAUCUGUUUCAUCUCUAAAAUGCCUGAUAUGAGACAUGAUUUAAAAAGAAGAAGAAAAACCCUACAUGGACAUUAAAGUCAGUUAAGAGGUACAGAACCAGCUCUGUAAUCAUGUGUAUGUGACUGUUUUACGUCUUGUGUCCACAGGAGCAUGGCUGCCUUUGCAGGGAUGUGCGACGGAGGCUCAACAGAAGACGGAUGUUUAGCAGCCUCUCGAGAUGACACUACACUAAACGCACUUAACACUCUUCACGAGAGCAGCUACGAUGCAGGGAAAGCUCUCCAGCGUCUGGUGAAGAAGCCCGUUCCCAAACUGAUAGAGAAGUGCUGGUCUGAGGAUGAAGUGAAGCGCUUCAUUAAAGGGUUGAGACAGUUCGGCAAAAACUUCUUCAGGAUCCGAAAAGAGCUGCUGCCCAACAAAGAAACGGGGGAGCUCAUUACCUUCUACUACUAUUGGAAGAAGACCCCCGAGGCAGCCAGUUGUCGAGCCCACCGCAGACACCGCCGCCAGCCCGUCUUCCGUCGCAUCAAGACGCGAACCGCUUCAACUCCUGUCAACACUCCCUCACGCCCCCCCUCCAGCGAGUUCUUGGACCUCAGCUCAGCCAGUGAAGAUGACUUUGACAGUGAAGACAGCGAACAGGAGCUGAAGGGCUACGCCUGCCGCCACUGUUUCACUACCACCUCCAAGGACUGGCACCACGGGGGUCGGGAGAACAUCUUGCUGUGCACAGACUGCCGCAUUCACUUCAAGAAGUACGGUGAGCUGCCCCCCAUCGAGAAGCCCGUGGACCCGCCGCCAUUUAUGUUCAAACCUGUCAAAGAGGAAGAGGAUGGACUCAGCGGGAAGCAUAGCAUGAGGACCCGACGGAACAGAGGCUCGAUGUCGACGCUACGUAGUGGUCGUAAGAAGCAGACAGCCAGUCCUGAUGGCAGAACCUCGCCUACCAACGAGGACUUGCGCUCCAGCGGACGCACCUCUCCCAGCGCAGCAAGUACUGACAGCACAGACAGCAAGACAGACUCCAUGAAGAAGCCCAGCAAGAAGAUUAAAGAGGAGGCUCCUUCACCUAUGAAGAGUGUCAAACGGCAGCGAGAGAAGGGAGCUUCGGACACAGAGGAGCCCGAGAGGGCCAGCGCCAAAAAGUCCAAGACACAAGAGCUGAGUCGGCCAGACUCGCCCUCAGAAUGCGAAGGGGAAGGAGAGGGCGAGGGUGAGAGCUCUGAUGGGCGCAGCAUCAAUGAGGAGCUCAGUAGCGAUCCUAAAGACAUUGACCAGGACAACCGAAGCUCCUCCCCAAGCAUCCCCAGCCCCCGCGACAAUGAGAGCGACUCAGACUCGUCCGCCCAGCAGCAGCAGCUCCUGCAGAGCCAGCACCCUCCAGUCAUCCAGUGUCAGCCAGGCACCUCAUCCGCCUCCUCGGCUCCGCCUACAACCUCAGCCCCCUUAUUGCCCCCACAGGUCUGCCCCAUAGCGGCCUCCACCUCUCUACCUCCCCAGCCUCUGCCCCUGGCAAGCCCUAUGUCUCUUAUCCAGUCAGGAGCAUCCCUCCACCCUCAAAGGCUCCCCUCUCCACAUUCACCUUUGACUCAGGCUCCACCUCCUGGCCCCCCAGUCCCACCUCAAUCGUUACCCAGCUCGCAUCAUGGGCUGAUGCCUCCCUUGCCACAUCCGCUGCAGCCUGGGCCCCCACACAUGCCUCACCCUCUCUCUAUGCCCCCUCAGGGCUUCCCAAUGGGUCAGUCUCAGGUCCCGCCCCUGCCACUCUGUGGCCAGUCACAGCAAAGGCCGCACACUCCUCCUUCCCAAUCCCAGUCAUCUGCUCAGAGUGGCCAGCCUCCCAGAGAGCAGCCCCUUCCCCCUGCCCCAAUGUCCAUGCCUCACAUCAAGCCCCCGCCAACCACACCCAUCCCUCAGAUGCCCAACCCACAGUCCCACAAACACCCACCGCACGCGUCAGCACCUCCAUUCCCUCAGAUGCCUUCAAACCUGCCGCCGCCACCUGCCCUCAAGCCCCUCAGCUCUUUAUCCACACACCAUCCUCCAUCAGCACACCCGCCUCCCCUACAGCUCAUGCCUCAGGGGCAGCAGCUCCAGCCUCCCCCAGCGCAGCCUCCAGUUCUCACUCAGUCCCAGAGCCUCCCACCGUCAGCCAGCCACCAACCUCCUCCGGCUCCUCCUCUGCCGCCCUCCGCAGCAGCCUCACACUCCAACGGGCCACCGCAGCCGCCGUUCUCGUCUCACCCUUUCAAUACAGUUCUACCUCCGACCGGCCCUCCCCCAUCCUCGUCAAACUCUAUGCCUGGCAUUCAGCCUCCAUCUUCCUCCGCGCCACCCACCUCCAUCUCCAUGCCGCUGCCUGCCUCUGUCACUUGUGCCGGCCAGGGCCCAGUACUCCCACCUGUACAAAUCAAAGAGGAGCCUCUGGAUGAGACGGAAGAGCCAGAGAGCCCGCCGCCCCCGCAGAGAAGCCCCUCCCCGGAGCCUACCAUUGUCAAUACGCCCAGCCAUGCCAGCCAGUCAGCACGGUUCUACAAGCACCUGGACCGGGGUUACAACUCGUGUGCUAGGACAGAUUACUACUUCACGCCACUGGCUUCGUCUAAACUAGCCAAGAAGCGAGAGGAAGCUCUGGAGAAAGCCAAGAGGGAAGCGGAGCAGAAACUAAGGGAAGAGAAGGAGAGAGAGAGGGAAAGGGAAAGAGAGCGGGAACGAGAUCGGGAACGAGAAAAAGAUGCCGAACGAGCUGCGAAAGCCUCCAGUUCCUCUCAUGAGGGCAGGAUGUGUGAAGCUCAGAUGGCUGGCCACACCCACGCCCACAUGCGUCAACAUUAUGACGGCCCACCCACUACUAUCGCAGCUGUGCCUCCGUACAUCGGCCCCGACACCCCUGCCCUGCGGACCCUCAGCGAGUACGCCCGACCCCACGUCAUGUCCCCCACCAACCGAAACCACCCGUUCUUCGUGUCCCUCAACCCUGGAGACCCGCUGCUGGCCUAUCACAUGCCCAGCUUGUACAAUGCCGACCCGGCCAUGCGGGAGCGCGAGCUGCGAGAACGGGAGAUGCGCGAGAGGGAGAUUCGUGAGAGGGAGCUGAGAGAAAGGAUGAAACCUGGUUUUGAGAUUAAGCCUCCAGAGAUGGACACACUUCACCCUUCCACAAACCCCAUGGAGCACUUUGCCCGGCAUGGGGCCAUCACGUUGCCCCACAUGGGCGGCCAUCACCCUUUCGCCGCCUUCCAUCCGGGCCUGAACCCAUUAGAGCGUGAGCGGCUGGCCCUCGCUGCUGGGCCCCAGCUGCGGGCAGAAAUGAGCUACCCAGAGAGGUUGGCUGCAGAGAGACUCCAUGCUGAGAGGAUGGCCACAAUGGCCAACGAUCCCAUUGCCCGUCUGCAGAUGUUCAACGUCACGCCGCACCACCACCAGCACUCGCAUAUUCACUCCCAUCUCCACCUCCACCAGCAAGAUCCUCUUCACCAAGGUGGCGAAUGUCUUGUGUGUCCUCCAGGCUCCGGGGGCCAUCCCCUGGCAUUAGAUCCCCUUGGAGGAGGCCCUCACCUGGCACGCUUCCCUUACCCGCACGGCGGCAUCCCCAACGCUCUCCUCGGCCAGCAUCCGCAAGAACACGAGAUGCUUCGCCACCCGGUUUUCGGUACUCCAUACCCGCGAGAACUACAAGGAGGUCUGCCACCGCAAAUGUCCGCAGCCCACCAGCUGCAGGCCAUGCAUGCCCAGUCUGCCGAGCUCCAGAGGCUGGCCAUGGAGCAGCAGUGGCUCCACGGACACCAUCACAUGCACGGAGGACCCAUGCCUGGCCAGGAGGACUACUACAGCCGGCUGAAGAAGGAGAGUGACAAGCAGCUGUAACCAGCCAUGGGAGGCAGCGACUGACAGGUGCAGGACACAGGAAGUUGUUACAGAGUUGUUCAUUCAGUUUUGAAGGAACGGAAAAUGCCAAGUGGAUCGUCUGAGAAUUCUUCUGAUAUUUGUUUUUUUGUUCCUGUCAAGGACUUUUUUUUUUUAAC